AUGUCAGCUCCGGCAUACAACUCCUCCGCUCCCAACGGCGGAAACCCGCUAGAAGUAGACGUCAACGCCCAAUAUGCCGGCUACGAAUUUAACUACACUUAUAUCGUGUUUUGCGGCUUCAUUGUCUGGCUCAUCAUUCCGGGCAUUGGGCUGCUCUACGGGGGUCUGGCGCGAAGAAAGUCUGCUCUAGCGCUUCUGUUUCAGUCGACAACGUUUCAAUGGAUGUUCUGGGGAUAUUCACUCGCUUUUAGUCGAGAUGCUGGUCCCUUCAUCGGUAGUCUCAGCGCCUUUGGAAUGAAGAAUGUCCUCGCUGCGCCCUCGCCGAGCUCAAAUGUGCUUCCGGAAAUUGUUUACUGUCUUUACCAGCUGCUGUUCUGCGCUUGCACGGUCAUGAUCGUCGUCGGCGGCGCCUUCGAACGAGGAAAUAUCAUCCCCUCCCUCAUAUUCAGCUUCUUCUGGGCGACCAUUGUCUACUGCCCCAUUGCCUGUUGGACCUGGAACGCUAAUGGUUGGCUCUACAACCUCCCAUCUUUAGACUUCGCUGGUGGUGGUCCGGUGCACAUAUCCUCUGGCUGGGCGGCGCUUGCGUAUGCCUUUGUCUUGGGGAAGCGCAAGCACCAUGGAGAACAUACGCAUGGGAAGCCGCAUAAUACGACAUUGGUGUUUUUGGGAACGGUGUUGAUCUGGUUUGGAUGGUUUGGAUUCAACGGAGGCUCUGCUCUUAACGCAUCUGUCCGAGCCAUGGUCGCAGCCUUCAAUACUAACACCGCCGCCUGCACCGGCGUCAUCGGCUGGGUUCUCGUUGACUACAUCCGCAACAAAGGCAAGUUCUCGGUCGUUGGUGCAUGCGAAGGCGCGAUUGCAGGUCUCGUCGGCAUUACGCCCGCAGCCGGCUAUGUCUCUGUCUGGCUCGCAGCAGUCAUCGGAUUCAUUACAGCUGUUAUCUGCGCAUCGCUACAAAACAUCAAUGAAUGGAUGCACAUCGAUGACGGAAUGGAAGUAUUCAAAUUGCACGGUAUCGGCGGCAUUUGCGGUGCUUUUAUGACGGGCAUAUUCGCUACGUCCUCCAUUUCUGCGCUGGACGGUGUCUCGGUCUACCCAGGUGGCAUAGAUGGGAACGGAAAACAGGUGUAUCUGCAACUUGCGGAGAUUGCGGCUAUUUCUGCGUAUUCAUUCACCGUCUCAUGCAUCUUGCUUUAUAUUCUCAAGCUGAUUCCCGGGAUGAACUUGCGGGUUGAGGAAGAGGCUGAGAUGAUUGGGCUGGAUAAGGCGCAGUUCGUGGAUGAGCAAAUUGGGGAUUGGAGUAUGUUUGAUACGGUGCCGGGGGUGAUGGGGAAGAGUAAUGAGUCGUCGGGAGCGACAUCAAUGGUCAUGCCAAUGCCGAAGAAUGAGUCUACUGAGACGGCUUGA